UGUUGGUUUUCAUUAAAGUAGCCGUUUUUUCUUUAGCUUUUGCUUCUCUCUCUCAUACACUAAAAUAUAGAUUAAAUGCCUUGUCCUUAUUGGUAGCAGUGGUAAUAGUAUCUCUCUCUUCUUCUUCUUCAACUUCCUCUCUCUCAUCCACGCUUAUAUACUUUUUAGGGACAGAGAUAGAGAUAGAGAGAAGCCCAGCUACAGAAAAGGAUUACUCAUCACAGGAGUCAGAGAUAGAGAAAGAAAAGAUUUUUCUUUCUUUUGCUAAGGGAGAAAGAAAACAUUACCAAUCCUAAAAUAAAAUAAAAUAAAAUAAAAUAAAAAUAAAUUAUGGGCUCUUCUUCAGGUCAGAGCCAUAGCUACGAUCUGUCGUUUAAGAUCUUGUUGAUCGGAGAUUCUGGGGUUGGGAAAAGCAGCCUUCUUGUUAGCUUCAUCUCCAACACAUCAGAUAAUCUAGCUCCCACCAUUGGAGUUGAUUUUAAGAUCAAGCUGCUCACAGUAGAUGGGAAGAAGUUGAAACUAACAAUUUGGGACACUGCUGGACAGGAAAGGUUCAGAACAUUAACAAGUUCAUAUUACAGAGGAGCGCAGGGGAUCAUUCUAGUAUAUGAUGUGACUCGACGAGAAACAUUCACAAACUUAUCAGAUGUAUGGGCUAAAGAAGUGGAACUGUACUCAACUAAUCAGGACUGUGUCAAAAUACUUGUUGGAAACAAAGUUGAUAGAGAAUCUGAUAGAGCUGUAAGUAGAGAUGAAGGAAUAGCUUUAGCCAAAGAGCUUGGAUCUAUGUUUCUUGAGUGUAGUGCUAAAACCAGAGAAAAUGUCGAGCAAUGCUUCGAAGAGCUUGCAUUAAAGAUAAUGGAGGUGCCUAGUCUAUUGGAAGAAGGUUCUAAUGCAGUAAAGAGAAACAUGAUAUUAAAGCAGAAACAAGAUCAUCAAGCACCUCCUGGUGGUGGUGGUGGUGGGGGGGGUGGUGGUAGUGGUGGUUGUUGCUUGUAAAGAAACUGUUCUAGUGUGGAAUUUAAAAAAUCAAAGCUUUAUUCGCAGAAGAUCAUGUAUAUGUAUUUGUUUUUCUAUAUAAUUUUUUAUACUGGUGUUUUAUUAUCAAGUUAAUGUAUUAGUUGUAAUAUCAUUAUGGGAAAUCUGGGGCUCAUGACAACAUAUGUUAGCUUGUGUAAAUGUGAUUUGCUUAUAUUUUCUUUUUUCUUUUUCACCAAGUGUUGUGAAAAAUCAACUUUAUUUAAGUUUACAUGUGCUUUUUUUACUUAUUUA